GGUCCAGAAGAGACGACUUGCCUAUGCAAAGCACAAACAUGUGAUGUCUGGAAUUUUGAAACAUUUAAGACAGCGUGCUUUGGGAAGGUUCCUGAGCGAUGAUGGUCAACCUAACGAAGAUGUAAUGGGAAAGUUGUUUCAUGUUAUUGAUGAGAAUCAUGAUGGUAGACUCUCAGCUUCUGAGUUAAAAGCGUUGAUCUUAGGAAUUCGGUUUGAAGAGAUUGACUUCGAUAGGGAUGAUGCUGUGGAAAAAAUAAUGAAAGAUUUUGAUACUAUUAAUCCCGAUAAUUAUAUUGAUUGUCGUGAGUUCGUCCAUGGUAUCUCCAAAUGGAUUGAAGAGGCAAAGCGAUCGACUGGCCCUUGCUCUCGGCCAUUCACGUAUAUAGAAAACUUUCAUUGGGUAAGUAGCACUGUGAUGACUCUAGCUAGCUAGUUCUUACAAUUCUAGGGUUAUGAUUUAUUAUGGGGAUGUUGCUGUUGGUAACGUACUUAAACAAGUGGUAUUUCUAGAUGGAUUGAAAAGGCAAAGCAAACAAGUGCAGCCUCGGCUAACCAUGGAUAUGCGAUGGACAAAUUUACUAUUAUUAAUUAUUUUUAUUUGAUGAGUACUAAUUAAUUAACGCUAUGAUAACUCUUUUUAUAAACCAGUGUUUUGGAAUGC